AUGGAAAUUGAAGAAAAGUAUAACUUAUUGAUAAUUGGAGGAGGACCUGCUUCUGUGAAAUUUCUAUACAACUUGUUCAGGACAUCGAGGUAUUGGUUUUAGAUUCUAUAGUGAAGAUUGCCUGAAUAUUUGAAUGGAUUGGGAAUAGGGAUAGUAGAGAAGGGGAAAUGUUUUGGUUCUGGAAAUCUGGAAAGCAAAAUGAAUUAUACCACUUACUCUGCGACUGAAUUAUUGAAGUUGAUGUACUUCCAUAAAACCAACCAAAUGAUAUCGAUCUGUAAGGAUCUAACAGAUACUCAGGCUUACAAGACUCUGGUUCAAUAUGGAGAGAAAUGCCCUCCGAAAUCAUUGGCAGGAUAUUUCCUAAGAUUGUUGGGGAGUGUGUUGUUGAAACAUAUUUACACAUUAAAAAAAAUGCAAAUAUUUCAUCCUCAAAGAGAAGCAAUAGCAAUCCGACUGUUGGCUGAUGGAUGGUUUUAGAUAAGAACGCAGAGCUUAUCGUAAGAGUAUUAAAAUAAUUUGUAGAGCCGAUACUUAAAUCAAAGACAAGUACCGAACAAUUAAAGCAAGAGUACAAAUAAAUAAUUGAUCUUUAAGCAUGUAUUACUUUGCACAGGGAGAGAGCAAACCCCUGCAGACAUAUUCUGUUAGGAAUAAGGCUUGAUUGAAACUCUAAAACAGAAUCCAAGACACAUAGUGGGAAGUGGAUAGAAAGCAUUCGAGUGUGCUGAACUCUUACUAAGUGGUCCUGUUAUGUACAUUAACAAUGAACAAAUUAAUGCUUACACUUAAAAAAUAUACACUUGUCCCUUAUGCAAAUCAAUGAAGUGCUCAUGUUUUGGAUCGCUUGUACCACAGAAAUAUAUAUGGCAUUACACAGUAAGACAUGAUAAUAUAAGGAUGUUGCAUUGCCUGAAUACAAAAAGGGAGAGCUUAAAAUAUACUUUGCCAAACCUCCAAGACCGUAUUUUAGCAAUCAUUAGAAUGAUUACAUCACCAUUCCAGAGUAGUAGAUAAAUAAAAACGGAGAAGCCAAUUAUCUUACUGGAUUGAGGGGUAAAUCAAAAAUCCUGUUUUUGAAAAUGCUUGCCACCUAAGAAGUUCGAGUAUCACUAUCUCAGGAUGAUCCAAUUUCGAAUCAAUUCAUAGAUGGGAAGGAAUGCAAGUGCAAUCAAAUAGAAAUCAAGGACACAGAUGGCAAUUUAGUUUAAUUUCAAUAUAGUUUUGGGUUGUAUUAAUUGGAUGACAAAGGCAGGUUGAAGACUCAAAAAGGGAGUCUGAGAAAUUUGUUUUGCUAUGGUUCCAAUUGCAUAACGUAGGAACAAUUGGAGAGGGGAUGCUAAGAUGAGUAUGGAGAUUGCAGUAUAGGAUUCGAUGAAUACGAUUUGUUCUUUAUAAACAUAAAGAAUGAAAUCAAUAAUUAAUGGUUUGACAACAAUGAGUUUCCUUUGACUGCACAAUCUCAUGUGUCGAAGGGCGGUGAUUUUGAUUCAGAUCCAAGUGUUCAUUCUGAAGUGGUGGAGACAGAAACAUUUGCAUUAAACUAAUUAUAGGAGUAAUUCAAAUAGAAGAAGAAAAAGAAAUGAAUUGAUUGAAG